AUGGGGUUCCGCGAAAACGCUUCGGCCGUGGCGACAAUGCGCGCCUUGAUCUGCGCCGCAUCGCUCGCUCUCGCGACAGCAUCGAACGUGUGCUACCCCGACGGGUGCCAGCCGAGCGCGUCGAUAAUGCAUUCAAACAACGCGAGCACGAUCACCAUCGACGCGACGGCCUUCGAGGCCGCCGGGCUGACGCUCUCCGUGACGACGGUGCCCCUCGACGAGGCCCGGGACCACUGGGUCGGCGGCACCUACAGCAUGUGGGGCUUCUGGGGCUCGUCGCCGCCGUGCCCGUUCCUCGCGGCGGUGCCGCUCGACUUCUCCGGCGCCGAGGGCUGCUGCGGCUACUGGUGCGACCCGUCGGAGUGCGUCGGGACCUUCGGGCGACGCGUCGACGUCGCCGCGGAGCACCUCGCCGACUCGGCGUCCUGGUCGAAGAACGGCGCGCCCUGGAAGGACUGCCCCUGGGUCGCGGGCUACGCGGAGCAACGCUGCGCCGUCGGCGGCGCGGACGGGACGCUCGCGUCCGAGUCGUGCCCCGCGGCCUGCGGCGGCGUCCUGGCCGUGAGCCUCGAGGCGUCCUGCUACGACGAGCGCGCGGAAGAGAUCCGGGCGACGAUCGGCGUCGCGACGGCCGCGCCGACGGCGGCCGGCGACGGCCCCGAGACCGCGGCCCUCUCGUGCGACCUCUACGACGCCUACGGUAAUUGCGUCGACGACGGCUGCCAGCGCUGGUACGACGGCUGCAACCACUGCCGGCGCCUCGGCGGGGGCCUCGCGUGCACGAAGAUGUACUGCGCCACCCCCGACCGCGCGCGGUGCAUGGACGAGAGCGCCGCGCCGGCCGCGGCGCCGACGGCCGCGCCCGCGGCCGCCGCGAAAGCCGUCGCGGGCGAGUUCCUGCUCCUCGGCGUCGAGUUGGCGGACGUCGCGGCGCACGCGGACGUCGUCGCGGCGGCCGUCGCGGCCGUCGCGGACGUCGCCGUCGAGGACGUCGCCGUGGAGCUGUCGGCGCGCGCGGAGCGACGUCGCCGCCUCGACGACGGCGGCGGGGGCGUCGUCGUCUCCUACGAGAUCCGCGCGGCGACGGACCUGUCGGCGGCGCGCGUCGCGUCGAUCUUCGCGUCGACGACGGCCGACGACUUCGACGACGCGCUCGCGGCCGCCGCGGCGGCCGCGGGCGCGUCGGCGGCUUUCGCGGACGCCGAGGCCGCGGGCUUCGGCGGCGGGCCGUCGCUGGCGACGACCGCGGCCGCGCCGACGGCCGCGCCGACGGAGGCCUGGUGGUCCUGGAACGAGACGUCCGCGGCCGUCGCCGUCGUCGCGGCGGGCUCGCGGCGCCCGCUCCUCGCGGGCCUCGCCGCGGGGCUGCUGCUCGGCGCGCGCGCGGACGAGGCCGACGCCUGCGGCGCCUGCGCGCUCUCCGACGGCGUCGUCCACGUCGUCCUCGCCCACGACGCGGCCGUCAACGCGACCUACGACGGCGCGGCGAUCCGCUGCGUCGACGCGGCGACGGGCGCGGCCGCACCGUGCACGUCGUCGGGCGCCGCGUGCCGCGCGCCGUCGUCCUGGAGCAGCGGCUGCGUCUACGGCCGGCCGCAGGCGUCCGGCGCCGUCGCGGAGACCGCGUGGGCCGGCGACGCGCCCGCGGGGGGCGACGGCGGCUGGCUCGACGCGCGGGUGUGGGCCGCGCGCGCGGCGGCGGAGCACGCGUCGACGGCGUCCUUCGCGUCCUUCGCGCUGCUGCUGGCGGCCGCGGGCGCGCCGCUCGGCCUGCUCGCCGAGGCCGCGCGGGGCAUGGCCGACGAGGUCCGGCACGCGGAGGACGCCUACGCCGUCGCGUCCCGCCUCGCGGGCGCGGCGGCCGCGCCCAUGGCGUUGGCCGUCGACGACGCGGCGGAACGGCGGAGGGCCGCGCCGUCGCCGCGCGCGGCCGUCGUCGUCGACGCCUUCGACGCCGGCUGCGUCGCGGAGACGGCGGCCGCCGCGCGCGCGGAGCGCGACGCCGCCGACGCCGCGCGGGACCUCGACGGCCGCCACGGCUUCGUCGUCGACGCGCUGCGCCGCGUCGCCGACGACGAGCGGCGCCACGCGGCGUUCGCGUGGCGCGCGCUCCGCUGGGCCGCCGCCGGCGACGCCGCGGCGAACGCGACGCUCGCGGCCCGGGUCGCGGCCUUCGCCGGCGUCUCGGAGGUGGACCGCGAGCUCAUCACGACCAUGGGAAACGCGACGGGCGCGCAGCGCAAGUACCUCGUCAACGAGGUGGACCCGACGACGUGGCGCCUCGAGCACGUCGAGGCGAUCCGCGAGCGCUACCUCGCCGGGAACCACGACUUUGGGCUCGAGAAGGAGCAGCUGCGCGAGAUCGUCCAGUCCGUGCUGCCCCACGAGACGGGGGACGUCGUCGAGCAGGUGCUCUGGCCGCGAUUCGCCGAGUACAACUCGGGCGGCGAGGUGAACGUGCUCGAGGUGCUCGGGGGCCUGGCCGUCGUGAGCCACGGCACCCUGGAGGCGAAGGCCGCGUUCGCGCUGCGCGUCUUCGACUUCAACGGCCAGGGGUCGCUGAACUACGACGAGGUCUGCGUCAUGCUCUUCUCCAUGCUGAGCGGCGCCGUCCUGAUGACGCGGCGCGGCGACCUGCCGCAGGACGCGGGCCUCGAGCCGCACGCGGACCGCGCGUUCGCGCGCUUCGGCAAGGACGUGACCAUGCGCCUGGAUUUCGACGAACUGAGCCAGUGGUUCGGCGACCGCGUCGCCGAGCUCUGCGAGGACCGGGGCCUGGACUUCUGCGACUCGCCGAUGGCCUUCCUGCUCUGCUUCGACCUCGUCUCCGCGUCCAUGCUCGACGAGGGCCGGCCGGGCACGGGCCACGGCGACAGUCGACCGGGCACGUCGCCGAGCCGGCCGGCGACGGGCCACGGCGACGCCGGCAUGGUCGUCGCCCUCCACUCCGAGGAGAUCGGGCUCGUGUAA